UUUAGGAACGAGAUGAACCUCGGUUAAACUUGUCCGAGGAGAGUAAUCUUAUUGGUUGGGAAAGUAAUUUACUCGUAAAUAGAAAUUUAUCAAUUUCAAAGAAUUUUUGGUGGGUUUUGGUUAGGUUUUAUGAGGUGAAGAAGAAGACAGGAGCAAGGGUUGGGGCGAGAUGGGAAGAAGAAACGGUGGCAGGUCUCUGCAAGAAACUCUCCGCCGUCGACUUGACUCUUGCAAGUCCAAAUACUCCACCGCCGAAGAAAUCGCCACCCAUCUCCGCUCAACUUACCCCGAUUACCACCGAACAAAGCACCAAACCCUAAUUCGAUUCGUUCAGGAAGCUCUUCACUCCGCCGCCAAGCCCGAUCACAUUCCCACGCUCAAGCAUUUUUCCGACGAUGACGACGACCGAGACUUUCCAAGCCCCUCUCCGAAAAGACGGAAGGAAGAGGACGAAGACAGGGAAGAAGCGGUGGUGUCGUCUUCGGAGGAUGCGGUUUUCGGGAAGAAGAUGGAACCUGAGUUCGGCUUGAGGAAGACGGUGCUGCGAAACUCGUAUAAGAAGAUUGCGGCGGAGGAGAAGAACGUGGAAUUGGAAGUGGGGGGUGGCAGGAAGGGUAUUGUUGCUAGCAGUGUUGUGAAUGAGGAAAGGAAGGAAGUGAGGGGUUCGGUUUCGAACGGUGAGGUGAAGGGGAAGGAUGGACCUAGGUUUAGGGAUUUGGGUGGGAUGAAAGAGGUUUUGGAGGAAUUGAAGAUGGAAGUGAUUGUGCCUUUGUGCCAUCCCCAAUUGCCUAGACAGUUAGGUGUGAGGCCAAUGGCUGGCAUUUUGUUGCAUGGACCACCUGGUUGUGGGAAGACUAAACUUGCACAUGCUAUAGCUAAUGAGGCUGGUCUUCCUUUCUAUCACAUUUCAGCUACUGAGGUUGUUUCUGGAGUCUCAGGUGCAUCGGAAGAAAAUAUUAGAGAGCUUUUCUCUAAGGCGUACAAGACUGCGCCGUCGAUUGUCUUUAUUGAUGAGGUUGAUGCAAUUGCUUCCAAGAGAGAGAAUUUGCAGCGUGAGAUGGAGAAACGAAUUGUGACGCAAUUAAUGACUUGCAUGGAUCAAUCAAAUAGGCUUCUUCAAAAAGGAGACGAGUCAGAGAGCUCCGAUGGUCAACAUCCUGGAUAUGUUCUUGUCAUUGGAGCUACAAAUAGACCUGAUGCUGUUGACCCUGCCCUGAGAAGGCCUGGACGGUUUGAUCGUGAGAUUAUCAUUGGCAUUCCCAAUGAAUCUGCCAGGGAGGAGAUCCUUUCCACGCUUACUAGCAAUCUUAAAGUUGAGGGAUUAUUUGAUCUACGGAAAAUAGCCAGGGCUACACCAGGAUUUGUUGGUGCUGAUUUGGCAGCUCUGGUUAACAAGGCUGGUAAUCUGGCAAUGAAAAGAAUAAUUGAUGAAAGGAAACGUGAAUUAUCUCAAGUUCUCAUGAAUGAGGGUGAUGAAGACUGGUGGAGAGAACCUUGGUUGACUGAAGAAAUAGAUAAGCUUGCCAUCAAAAUGUCCGAUUUUGAGGAAGCAGUCAAAAUGGUGCAACCUUCAUCAAGAAGAGAAGGUUUCUCUUCCAUUCCUAAUGUAAAAUGGGAAGAUGUUGGAGGGCUUGAUUUUCUAAGACAGGAGUUUGAACGUUAUAUUGUAAGGCGUAUAAAAUACCCUGAUGAUUAUGAGGGACUUGGGGUAGAUCUUGAGACAGGAUUUUUGCUUUAUGGACCUCCUGGUUGUGGUAAAACACUGAUUGCCAAAGCUGUUGCCAAUGAGGCAGGGGCUAAUUUUAUUCAUAUUAAGGGACCUGAACUCUUAAAUAAAUAUGUUGGAGAAAGUGAGCUUGGAGUUCGGACAAUGUUUAGCCGUGCAAGGACAUGUGCGCCUUGUAUACUUUUUUUUGAUGAGGUGGAUGCUUUGACAACCAAUCGUGGUAAAGAAGGUAGUUGGGUUAUUGAACGACUGUUGAAUCAGUUGCUUGUUGAGUUAGAUGGGGCAGAGCAACGGCGAGGCGUUUUUGUUAUUGGUGCUACAAAUAGGCCUGAGGUGAUGGAUCGUGCUCUCCUACGGCCUGGUAGGUUUGGUAAACUUCUUUAUGUUCCACUUCCAGGCCCAGAUGAACGAGUUUUGAUAUUGAAAGCUCUUGCAAGGAAGAAGCCUGUUGAUUCCUCUGUGGAUUUGAGUGCUAUAGCAAAAAUGGAAGCUUGUGAAAACCUAAGUGGCGCUGAUCUUUCUGCAUUGAUGAACGAGGCAGCAAUGGCUGCACUUGAAGAGAAAUUGACUGAGACAACUUACGAUACAGUGACCAUCAAGAAAAAUCAUUUUGAGGUAGCACUGAGUAAAGUCUCUCCGUCUGUGUCAGACAGGCAAAAGCACUACUAUCAGCACUUGUCAGAGAGCUUUAAAGUAGCAUGAGCAGCAUGGCGUUGACUUUUUUUAGUCGGUGAUGACAUUAUUUUAUGCUUUGUUUGGGGGAGGAGGCAAAAUUGAAGUAAAUGAAAGAGAAUAGGUGAUAAUUGAUUUGAUAAGAAAUAGGUAAGAAAUAGAAUUGAAUUUGUAGUUGUUUGUUAGAUUAAAAUUACGUGAGAAAUAGUGAAAAAUUAGUAUUUUAAAAUUGUAUUUUAUAUAGUUAGAUCAUUAUAAAAUAAUAUAAAUACCUACCAUUUUACCCUUCUUUUUAUGUUGACAUAUAAUAUUGGAAUUUCAAUUUUUUUUUAUAUAUAGUUUAGUAGCAUAAUCAGUUAUGUUAGUUUACAUGGCUGAUUUUGCUACCGUAGCCCGUUUUUGUACUA